UUGGCUGCCUUCAGCACUUUCAGUGUUUACAUCUGACGCGCCGAAGAGCGUGAACGAAUGAUGAACGUUAGCAAGAUUGAAUUUAACACAGACGUUUAGACACGCAUUAAGAAACCGAGCAUGACUUCCGAUGACGAGGCACGGUUGCAGAAAGGACUACAGUCCACAAUAGAACCCAGGAAACCUGACCGCGGUCGAGAUCUCGAGCGUGGACGCGAGAAACGACACAGGUCUAGGAGCAAGGAACGAAGAAAAAGAUCACGGAGUCGAGAGAAAAGGUCCCGGUCACGUAGUCGGGAGAAGAAGAAAGACCGAGACAGGGACAAAGGACGCGACAAAGAGAGACGCAAGGACAAGGACCGAGGAAAGGAUGAAGAUGGCAAGACCAAUGAUACAGCUGGCAGAGACAAAGAUGAGGACCAGGAAGAGUCUUCGAAGAAGGAGCCACUUUCCCUGGAAGAACUGAUGGCCAAAAAGAAGGCCGAAGAAGAUGCCCGCAGCAAGCCAGUGUUCCUGACAAAGGAACAACGAGCAGCUGAAGCCUUGAAGCGCCGUCAGCAGGAGGUCCAGGAACAGCGUCAGAGGAUGGAGGAAGAGCGGAAAAAGCGACAACAGUUUUUCGAGCAGGCUAAGCGCACUUCCGACGAUGUCUCCGACCGCCUGGACAGACGGAGAAAAGAGCGAGAGCGGUACCGUGAGGUCGAUAAUGAUGAAGAUGACAGAGACAAGAUCAGGGAACACAAGGACAAAGAAAAGGAGUUUGAAGCUAUCAAGGAACGCUACCUGGGCCUCAUGAAGAAAAAGCGGCGUGUGCGGCGGCUAAAUGAUCGCAAGUUUGUCUUUGACUGGGAUGCCUCGGAGGACACAGCCGUGGACUAUAAUCCCAUCUACAAAGAAAAGCACACCGUGCAAUUCUUUGGCAGGGGACAUGUUGGAGGCAUUGACCUCAAGGCUCAAAAGAAAGAACAGUCCAAGUUCUACGGUGAAUUGCUGGAACGUAGAAGAACACAGGCUGAAAAAGAUCAAGAAGUGGUGCGGCUGAAGAAGAUCAAGAGCAAAGAGGAAAAGCAGAAGUGGGAUGACCGGCACUGGUCGCACAAGUCCUUGGAAGAGAUGCAGGAGCGGGACUGGCGUAUCUUCCGUGAGGAUUUCAACAUCACCAUCAAGGGUGGCCGCAUUCCCAACCCACUCCGCAAGUGGUCCGAGUGCGGCCUCCCCUCCGUCAUCCUUGAUGUCAUCAAGGAGCUGGGCUACAAGGACCCCACGCCAAUCCAGAGGCAAGCCAUCCCCAUUGGUCUCCAGAAUCGGGACAUCAUUGGUGUUGCUGAAACCGGCAGUGGUAAGACAUUGGCCUUCCUGCUGCCACUGCUGGUGUGGAUCACAUCUCUGCCCAAGAUUGAAAGGCAAGAGGAUGCUGACCAGGGACCAUAUGCCAUUAUCAUGGCUCCAACACGUGAGCUGGCCCAGCAGAUUGAUGAGGAGACUACCAAGUUUGCCAAGAUGCUGGAAAUCCGUUCAGUGGCUGUCAUUGGUGGUCUUUCCCGUGAGGAGCAGGGAUUCCGGCUGCGUCUCGGCUGCGAGAUUGUGAUUGCCACCCCUGGUCGUCUGAUUGAUGUCCUGGAGAACCGGUACCUGGUACUGAGUCGAUGCACUUACAUCGUUCUCGAUGAGGCUGACCGCAUGAUUGACAUGGGCUUUGAGGGUGAGGUGCAGAAGAUCUUGGACUACAUGCCUGUCACCAACCAGAAGCCAGACACAGAUGACGCUGAGGAUGAAGAGAAGCUGCUCGCUAACUUUGCAUCUAAACACAAGUACAGGCAGACUGUGAUGUUCACAGCUACCAUGCCUCCGGCUGUGGAACGCCUGGCACGCUCCUACCUGCGAAGGCCAGCCAUUGUGUAUAUUGGCUCGGUGGGCAAGCCCGUGGAGAGGGUGGAACAGAUUGUGCACAUUGUCACUGAGUCUGAGAAGAGGAAGAAGCUGGUUGAGCUUCUCAACCGUGGUGUGGAACCACCUGUUAUCAUCUUCGUCAACCAGAAGAAGGGUGCUGACGUGCUUGCCAAGGGUCUUGAGAAGAUGGGCUUCAAUGCGUGUACGCUGCACGGUGGCAAGGGCCAGGAGCAGCGUGAGUUUGCCCUGGCCAGCCUCAAGAAUGGUUCAAAGGACAUGCUGGUGGCCACAGAUGUUGCUGGCCGUGGUAUUGACAUCCGCAAUGUCUCCAUGGUCAUCAACUACGACAUGGCCAAGUCCAUCGAAGAUUACACUCACCGUAUCGGACGUACUGGACGAGCAGGCUUGCACGGCAAGGCUGUGUCUUUCGUUACCAAGGAAGACUCCCACCUGUUCUAUGACCUCAAGCAGCUGAUACUGAGCAGUCCAGUCUCGACAUGCCCACCCGAACUGGCCAACCACCCAGAUGCACAACACAAGCCUGGUACCGUUGUCACGAAGAAGCGUCGAGAGGAAAAGAUCUUUGCAUGAAUGUUGUUUCUCAUUAUUGUUUUAAUAAAUGAGACUGCUGAGUCACUCGGAUGUCUGACAGCAGUUUCACAUGUA